GAUGGUUUUGACAUUCAUUGAAUUUUAUAAUUUAUCAUCUGCACAAAAAUACCGAUUUUUUUUAAUAUUUUAGUUACAGAUGAGACUCGUUUGAUUGAAAAAGUGAAAAAUUAAUCGAAACCAUGCCUUGUGAAAUGAUAACUCUCCAACUCGGCCAAUGCGGCAAUCAAAUUGGUUUUGAGUUUUGGAAACGAUUGUGCGCCGAACAUGGCAUAAAUCCCGAAGGAAUACUGGAAGAUUUCGCCACUGAAAGUAUCGACCGUAAAGAUGUGUUUUUCUACCAAGCCGAUGACGAACAUUACAUUCCAAGAGCUGUGUUGUUAGAUUUAGAACCGAGAGUUAUAAACACCAUAUUAAAUUCUCCUUACUCGAAGCUGUACAAUCAAGAAAAUGUAUUUCUAUCGAAGAAUGGUGGUGGUGCAGGUAACAACUGGGCGUCGGGUUUUUCCCAAGGCGAAAGGCUCAACGAAGAAAUCUUCGAUAUCAUCGACAGAGAAGCAGAAGGUAGCGACAGUUUGGAAGGUUUCGUUCUGUGCCAUUCGAUCGCUGGUGGUACAGGCUCCGGAAUGGGUUCGAACAUCCUUGAGAAACUCUCCGAUAGAUUUCCUAAAAAAUUGGUUCAAACGUACAGUGUAUUUCCCAAUUUGGAUGAAAUAAGCGAUGUGGUUGUACAGCCAUACAACUCGCUGCUUACCCUGAAGAGAUUAACCAAAUCGGCGGAUUCCGUGGUGGUUCUGGAUAACACAGCAUUAAAUAGAAUUGCGGCGGAUCGUUUGAAAAUACAGAAUCCCACGUUUACUCAAAUCAACAGUUUGGUCAGUACGAUUAUGUCGGUUUCUACAACAACAUUGAGAUAUCCUUCGUACAUGAACAACGAUUUGAUGGAGCUGUUGGGACCUUUGAUUCCAACGCCUCGUUUGCAUUUCUUGAUGACUGGCUACACUCCCCUGUCGACCGAUACAGACGAGGCCAGCGUCAGGAAAACCACUGUUUUAGACGUUAUGAGGCGGCUGUUGCAACCGAAGAACAUGAUGGUGUCCACAGCACAGGACAGAAGCUCCCAGCAUUGCUUCAUUUCUAUACUCAACAUCAUUCAGGGAGAGGUGGAUGCUACUCAAGUGCAUAAAUCGUUGCAAAGGAUACGCGAACGCAAACUCGCCCAGUUCAUCCCUUGGGGCCCCGCUAGUAUACAGGUUGCUCUAUCGAGGAAGUCUCCUUACAUUCAGUCCGCUCACCGAGUCUCAGGUCUUAUGUUGGCUAAUCAUACUAAUAUAAGUUCUCUGUUUGAUAGGGCUCUAACGCAGUACGACAAAUUGAGAAAGAGGGAGGCGUUUUUGGAUCAGUUCAAAAAGGAGGAUAUGUUUAAAGAUAAUUUGGACGAAUUGGAUUCGAGUAGAGAGGUGGUUCAAGAUUUGGUCGAUGAAUACGUCGCGGCCACUAAAGAGGAUUAUUGUUUGUGGGAUAACAAUUCGAAUGAUUUUAGCGAUUUGAAGCCGUAGUUUCAUUUUUGAAAAUAUUUGCCACGAGUUGUUGAUUAUGAUCUGUAUUUUCGUUGUUCGAAUAGCGCCAUUAUUAGUAAUGUUAAUGUUUAAAAUAAGGUACAUGCCAUAAUAAAUUAACGCCAUUUUUCAGAAGUUUGUGUUAUUCC